CGUCAGGGGGCGUUCCAAACAAAGGACAGAGGGGACUCCACAAUGGGAGACAGUUUCCAUGAACAGCUGUUGGAGGACAGCGCCUUCCUCAGAGCUGACCGCAGACUGGACAUAGAGCUGGUGGACAAAAUCAUCCUGCAGCUCAACAGGAUCUACCCGCAGAUCCUGUCAGACAAGGAGGCCACCAAAUUCAGAAACUUGGAUUUGCCCACAAGUGUCCGAGUGGGUGAGCUUCUGACCCACUUGCAGGGGAAAGGAGAUGAAGCCUGCAGGGAGUUCUACAGAGCUCUUCACCUGCAUGUGGAGGAGGUUUACUACAGCUUGCCUACCAGGCUGCGCCUCAGAGUUUCCUUAGAUCCACUCACAAUUCCACGUGUCCACCAACAGAGACAUGUUUUAAAUGACAGAGGUCCGGUCUUCUUUCUGGGCUGUUUCAGCGUUGCAGUGGGAAUGGCUUUACUUUACUACUACAGUGAGACAAAAGUGACGGGAGGUAGCCGGGCCCUCGGGAUGGCGUCUCUGGGUUUGAAACGAAAAGCUCAGGAAGUUCUCAUAUGGUACACUGAAGAAGGCCUCAUGAAGUAAGGGAGGAGGGGGGCGACUCCUUCACACCAGGUGCUUCAGCAGUUCUGCUCCUAUGAAUUGUACCAAAGCAUAGCACACUAUAUAUUUUCAGGAUUUGAUACUCAUUUUGUACACACUUGUAUAAAGUAUUCUGGUUGUGGUCUAAAAUGAGGAAUAUGGGGUAUGUUUUGAGCUACAUUUGGCCCUUUGCUAUGUUUUCCUCACAUGUUGUUACCUAUUUAAGUUGGCAAAUGGGAAAUCAAAAACAAGCUCAUUAAACAAGUUGUUCUCACUACCUUUUAAUGUGGAACAAAAUAACUUUUACAAACCAAAAUUAUACAUUUUGAAAAAAUAAAUAUUUACAAUUGGAAAUAUGUUAUUGACUAUAAAUGGUCAAUUUUCAGCAAAACGCUAAAUAUAGCCUCCAAUUAAUUGGUGUAUUUCGCAGUCCUAUAAUAACUAUCCUUAAAUGCAGAAAUUACAAUUUGGUACUGAGACUAUCCUAAAACAUUUUUUUUGUGAUGAAGUUUAACAUUGGCAACUGAUGUCAAGCAUACAAUUUAAGAGUUCUCCCCAAAUUUAGUCAGAAACCAACCCCAUGAUGCUCAGCAUUGGUGGAACAAUACUGCCCUCUUGUGGCUAAAAGUGAACUACAUCACCAGCAGUGCACACAUAUGUUGGCUUGUUUUGGUUUCAUAAUAGCUUCCCGAAAAUCUGCUGCUCACAUUUAGACAGAAAACGGGAUAAGGCGUUUUAACAGGAAGAUAUUAUAUUGAGCCGUGUCCGUAUAAUAACACUUUUAGACGAGUUUUGCAACCACGUGUUUCCCUCCGCCAAUGAAACACGCUACCAGCGCAGUGCAUUAUGGGAAGAGCUACCAAAAACAUAAAUAAUGUCUAAUGAAGAGUCGUACUAAUACAAAUGAAACACUAAUUGAACUUUUUACGGAUGAAAUAUUCACCAUGUGUGUCUAAUAUAUGUGUUUUUGUUUAGUAUCCUAUUCGGAAGUUACACCGUAAUGCAAAGUAGGUUCCAUAUGUCCGGGUAUAUAUAGGGCGGACUUGCAUAAUAGCUGAUGUGUUGUAUGAAAGGAGAGAAGGUUAGCACUCCCCUCGACAAGGAUGGAAUUGGCCCUAGUGGCCAUCAACACAUAUACGGUUAAGGCACUGCCACCUACUUCGUGGCAUCUAUAACCAGAUUUUUUGAUUAGUAUAAAUUCGACUUAAUCCAACAAUUAUUUACUAUCUCUUAAUUUUCUUUUCCCCGUUCAACGUUUAGACCAUUUACUCUAAGAAAGGAAGCAUGCCUUAACAUUUUCCCGUGUCUUUGUUUCCGCUGGGUCAGGCAGGAUGUGAACUCUUAUUAUGUUCCUCUUUGCCUUCAGCAUUUAGCCUCUGCUGAAUACACGAAGGGUUACUGAAACUCCUGUGUUUUCUAUCUCAUAGAAGGAGCUAAUAAACUCAGUUUGUGAGCGUUAAAGUGCAUUCAAAUUUGUAUAUAAUUCACAGCUAUAGAUAUUGUAAUUUAUAGAGUAGAGUGGAUAUUAUAUUAAUCUCAUUGUGCCUUUUGGUUGACUAUUUGUCAAUAAUUUAAUAAAUUGUAUUAAUUUACUCUACACAGAUAGGUAGAAUUAGUUGGUAUUUCUCAGGCUGUUUGUAAACCAUGACAUAGAGAACAUGCUAGUAACUAUCAUAAUGGUGCUGUGGUACGACUGUCUCUUUGUUAAUUGUCUCUUGUUGGGGUAGACUUCAGGGUAUCAAAAGCCAAUACCAAGAAAAUCUAAAAAUGUUCAAUGUGCAUGACUUUGUUGUUAUUGUACGAAUUAAUUUUGUAAUAUUAUUCUAAAAGGAAAUAUUGAUAACUGAUUUUGGAUGUCCAUUGCCUGACGGUUUGUUACAUUUUGUGUAAUGUGUCACGUACAAAGGCCUUAAAUUAGAGGUGCCAUCGUUUGAACUGAGACUUUUGUCUUUUACAAAAAUGCAUGAUAAGAAUAAACGGGACAAAAAACA